UGGCAGAGCGCGCGAAGAAGGAAGACACAACACAACGUCUAUUUUCCUUGUUUUUCUUGUUGUUUUAAGGUGUUUUUCUUGUUGUUUUAAGUGUGUGUGGCCAUGCAUGCUUUCUUGAAGACUGGUAAACUUGCGGCAGGAGGUGGGCAGGCAGGACCAAGCAAAGAGAAAGUGGUGAAGAAGAAAGCACCAAUUCCAUGGGUUGAGAAAUAUCGACCAAAGACAGUAGAAGAAGUUGCUUAUCAAGAUGAGGUUGUGUCUGUCCUAAAAAGCACUUUACAAGGAGCUGAUCUGCCAAAUUUGUUGUUCUAUGGUCCACCAGGUACAGGUAAAACUUCAACAAUCCUAGCUGCUUCCAGACAGUUGUUUGGUGAUCUAUUCCGACAAAGAGUGUUGGAACUUAAUGCUUCAGAUGAGAGAGGCAUUCAGGUUAUCAGAGAGAAAGUAAAGACCUUUGCCCAGACCACAGUAUCUAGCACAAGACCCGAUGGCAAACCCUGUCCUCCCUUCAAGAUCAUCAUCCUAGAUGAGGCUGACUCAAUGACUAAUGCAGCUCAAGCAGCCCUCAGGCGGACGAUGGAAAAGCAGUCUAAGACAACAAGAUUCUGUCUCAUCUGUAAUUAUGUAUCGCGUAUUAUUGAGCCACUGACAUCCAGGUGCUCCAAGUUUCGAUUUAAACCACUAGCACAAGGCAUCCUACUGAAAAGGCUUACCUUUAUCUGUGAAGAGGAAAAUGUUAAGUACGAAGAUUCUGUCCUGGAGACCUUGAUUGGGACAAGUGAAGGUGAUUUACGACGAGCCAUUACCACUCUGCAAUCAGCUGCAAGAUUGAGGUCAGGCGAACAGAUAUCUAAAGAAGAUAUCUAUGAAAUAACAGGAGUUGUCCCAGACAAGUGGCUUAUAGAGUUGAUGGAAGUAUGCACUACAAACUCUUAUGAGAAACUGAGUGACUUCGUAAACCUCAUGAUGGCAGAGGGAUAUUCUGCUACACAAAUACUCAAUCAAAUACAUGAUGUCAUAAUGACCAACGACCAGCUCAAUGACAUUCAGAAGGCUGCAGUAUAUGAGAGGCUAGCAAUGUGUGACCAUCGACUCAUUGACGGUGGCGAUGAAUACCUGCAAGUGAUGGACCUUUCUUGCACAGUUAUGAAGCAAAUGGGCAACUGAAACAGACUUAGUUACCUGGCAUUUGUUGUUCAGUUAUGAAUAUGUGAUAGCAUGAUAUUUCAGUUGAAUAUUCAAUUAAACUUUCAUUAGUCUUUAUAUCAUUUCAUUUUCUAAUAACUGAUAUAUUUUGAAGUUGUGUACUACAUUACCUACUGUUUUGUAUUAAAUUUCAUCGAUGAAUGUAUUCCAGUAUUUUUCAAAUGUAAAUGUACAAAUCAUCCCCUGAAUUUUUUUGUAAUCUAUUUUCCAUUAUACAGUUUUUGUUAGAUGUACUGCAGACUAUGAAAUCCAGUGACAGAAGUUUCCAAAUAUAUGUUUUGAUUGGGUUUGCAUUACAGAUAAUAAAAGUUGAAAAUUA